UAAAGGCGGGGGGCUGAGGAGAAGAGGGGAGGCCGUGCCAUGGCUCCCAAGACGGUGCUGAUCACCGGCUGCUCCUCCGGCAUCGGGCUGGCGCUGGCCGUGCGCCUGGCGCAGGACAAGCAGCGCCGCUUCCGAGUCAUCGCCACCAUGAGGAACGUGGGCAGGAGCGGGGCGCUGGCGGCGGCGGCGGGGCCGGCGCUGGGCCGGACGCUGGAGAUCAAACAGCUGGACGUGUGUGACGAGGGCUCCAUCCGCGCCUGCCUCGACAGCAUCCCCGGGCGCCACGUCGACAUCCUGGUCAGCAACGCCGGGGUGGGCAUGGCGGGACCCCUGGAGUGCCAAAGCCUGACAGCCAUGCAGAGCCUUAUGGACACCAACUUCUUCGGCCUCGUCCGCCUGGUCAAGGAGGUGCUGCCUGACAUGAAGCGGCGCCGCGGGGGCCACAUCGUCGUCAUCAGCAGCAUCAUGGGCCUGCAGGGCAUCGUCUUCAACGACAUCUACUCGGCCUCCAAGUUUGCGGUGGAGGGUUUCUGCGAGAGCCUGGUGGUGCAGGCGCUGCGCUUCAACGUGGCGAUCAGCCUGGUGGAGCCGGGGCCGGUGAUGACGGAAUUCGAGACGAAGUUGUAUGAGGAAGCUGAACGCGCCGACUACUCACGGACUGACCCCGAGACGGCCGAAAUCUUCACCAAGCUCUACCUGAGGAGCUCCAAGGAUGUGUUCACCAGCAUUGGCCAGACCCCCGAGGACAUUGCAGAGCACACCCUGCGGGUGAUCGAGGCGGCGCGGCCGCCGUUCCGGCACCAGACCAACGUGGCGUACACGCCGAUGGCCGCGCUCAAACACGCCGACCCCAGCGGCGCCCUCAUCACCGACGCCUUCUACAAGCUGGUGUUCAAGUACGACACGGUGCUGCGGUUCAGCCUCCGCGCCAUCCGCCUGCUCCGGUGGAAGGCACAGAAGGUCAAGGCGGGUGUGCGGCUCCUGGGCUUCAAAUAAGCCCUUGUGGCCCCUGGGCACUGCCCAGCCCAUCCCGGGCGGCGGGGGCGAGGGGGCCGGGACCCGUGCAGGGUUUCGCUUCCCGUUCCCGGCCCGAAAUAGCUCCCGCCGCAGCCGCAUUAAAUUAAAAUGGGGAGGGUAUUUAUAACCAGCGCGGGGUGAGCAACGCAGAGCAGCUUCCUCCGGGAGUGCAGCGGCCGUGACGGGGCUGGGAAGAGCUGGCAGCUGCCCCCUGCCUGCCUCCUGCUCCCCAGGGGCACCUGUACCUCCGACCCGCGGGCAUGUGACACCCAGGGGACCUCACCCCAUCACCCCCUGGUGCUGCAUCCUCCUUCCUGCAGGCACUGCUGUGGCGUUGGGAAUGUCCCAUGGUGGGGGGUUCUGUGUCACCCCCAACUGUCACCGAACCCUCGGGCACUGGGACAGUACAAGAGGUGCAGGAGCUGUUGGGAGGGGGAGAGCAGAGUGUGAGGAGUGUGUGGUGUGUUCAGAGGGGCACAGUGGGGGCGUCAGGGGUGUAAAGGGGGUGCAGGGACCGGUGCAGCGUUGGGGUGGGGUGUAUGGCAAAGACUGGGUGCAGGGUGAGCCCAGGGGACCUCAGCAGCUCACGCUGCCCCAGGGGCUCCCCUCCAGCUCCCGGUGGGUGACAGCGGGGUGGAUUCACCCUGAACGCUGGCGUGUGGGCGCUUGGCGUGACAGCACCGGGAGGUGAGCGCGGGGGGAAACCGCAGGAGGCCCGGCAUGAAUCAGCCCCGCUGCUCAGAAACCUUCCUGGCUCUCCCUGCACUUCCCGGCGCAACCCCCGGAGCCCUGCCGGGACCCCCAGCCCCACGUGAGAGGGCUGGAUGCGGCUGCGGCUCCGUGUGCCUCGCACGUGGCAUCUCCUGGCCCCGCCGGCUCCAGGGACCGUGGGGACAGGAUGGAGGUGGGGAAGGAAAUAUAUUUGCAUUAUCCCCC